GGGAGUUAUCACCUAGCAGACCCACCGAUACUAUGUGUUAAUAAUGCUAAAUUCUUGCAGCUACUCAGAACUAAAGGCCAAAUUACUGUUUUGCCUUCUUAGUUAAUCUGCACCAUAAUUUAUACUAAUUCUUGCAAAAGGACCCUCUGAACACCAGCCGACUAAAACCAUUUUUUCCACUUUACGGUCCAGAGUCCUUCCAGCAAAAUUAAUUAAUUAGAUCCCACCCAAUAAUCAAGUAACGGGAGAAAUUGAACUAAGUCCCUUUAAGGAGGAAAACGUCUGGGUGGGAGUGGAAGUUCGAGGCGUUGUGAAGUUUUGCAGUUGCUGGUGGACGAGGAGGGCGUUGGCUUCAGUGAGAACAAGUUGUGAUCAUCGCGUUUCUCCCGGGCUCCAACAUAGCAGCUGGAUUCAUUUUCAGGGAUUCCAGGAUUAUCAUUGUGUAGCAGUUGCCUAAAGACACCUCCUUGGAUCCGAUAUGCUGCUGUUACUAGUGUCGAUCUUCCUCCUGCACCUGUCCACCAUCAUCUUUCUCUUUAUCUCUACAGCUAACAACGCUUGGUGGACCACAGAUGAUUAUGGCAAGGACAUUUGGAAGCAGUGUUUCCAUAAAAAUGGCAGCUGUAUUACUGUAGUCUAUAAAGACAUAGAUGAUUGCUUGCAGGCUAUUCAGGCGAGCAUGGUGCUGGCUGUGAUCUUCAGCUGCUGUGGGCUCCUCAUCUUCAUCUGCCAGCUCUUCACGCUGAAGAAAGGAAAUCGAUUCAUCUUCACGGGCAUCUUCCAGCUGCUCUCUUGUCUCUGUGUGGUGAUCGCGGCUAGCAUCUACACCAUUUACUUCCACCGUAACGAACAGAAUGGCUGGUACGGUUCCUCCUAUAUCCUUGCCUGGAUCUGUUUCCCCUUGACACUGACCAGUGGAAUAAUGUACACGAUCCUUCGCAAGAGAGAGUAGGCCAUGGCGGCCCGUGUACAAGGUUUGGGUGGGGGGGGGGGGGGGUGGUCUUUGAAAUGGAUCUUGGGGCCUAAUGUUUUUUUUUUGGACCAAUGUUAAACUGGAUUUCCAUUUUUAAAAAGAGGAUGUUAUUUUUGUAAAUUCUUUUUUUAUGUCCUUGUACUCCCUUCUGCUCGUCUGUUUUGUCCUCACACACAAACCUGCGCCUCUCAAUUAGUUAACUGAAAGGUGUGCAGCCUAGCCAAGGACCUGCUCAAUGGGUAGCAUGGAGACAAUGCUCGUCUGAGAGGACCUUGCCUGCCCACUGCUCUAACAAAUUUGGGAUAAUGUGUAUUUUAAAUUACUACAUAAUAGGGACUCUUUAUCCUUCCCCCUCAAGUCUGGGUCUUGUCUCAGGGUGGUUGUGGAGAGAAAGUGGAAUAGAUGCAAAUGCCUCAAAUACCACCAUCUACUGGUGAAGAACUUGCACUCCAGUCGGGAAAAAUCCCAUGGUGUUCUGAUUAAACUCUGGUCAGAAGGUAAACUGCUCAGAUCAAUAGGUGUUGCCUGCCAUCUGAUGUCUGACUUUCUUUCUCUUUUUGCAACAUCCAUGUACCCAAAGUAGAUUUAUUCCUGGAGCCUGUUCUAUUUUUGCCUUCGAAGCUUCUCGAGGCUUCUGCCCAUCUCCCUCUACAGAGGGGAAUGGGCUCUGUCCAUUCGAAGACUGUUCAGGGGGAUGGUGGGGCUGGGGUGAGAACUAUCCUCCACCCACUUCCCAGAGAAAACCCAAUCAAACAUAACCUUAUCAAAUUACAGAACAGUGUUGAGGCCUCUUAAUUCAUCUUGAAUUUAGUUGCACAACUGCUUCAACCAGCUCUUCUUUAAAAUAAGAGUGGUAUAAUCUGGCUCCAGAAAUCCAGAUACCUUUUUAAUGGGUUCUCAUGCCAUCUUGUCUAUCCACCUUUUGGGGGGGAAAAAAAGUUCCCCAUUAGAUCCAAUGUUUAAAAAUCUUUCUCAGGCUGACCAAAAUACUUCCAGUUUAUAAGAGGGGAAAAAAAUGUAUUUUUCACCUGGUAGCUCGCAGAGUGACAAGGGAACACAGCUGAUUCCUCUCCAAGUCUUGUAGAAGUUGUCUCAUUCUGAUAUUCCUCAGUAAAACCUUGUUAGAUAUGGAUUAAUCUUUUCUGACUUUCUCUCCCACACAUACUUCCAAUCAGUGUUCAGUGUAGAUUUAUAAAGAGAUGCCCUGAUCAAUGCACUGUUGUGGGGGAGGGGGACCAUUUUGUUUUGUAUUACCAAUGCUGUAUAAACUAUUCUGGAAAUAAUAUACCCAUUUCCUAAUAAGUACUUCA